AUGCCAAGCUGGACCACCAAGGAAGCACGGAACAUAGAGUUCACGGUGACGAAGUUCCCAGCGCUCAACCUGUUAGGUCGUAGCGCCAUACAUGAAAUGGGAAUAGACAUUAAUGUUUUUUUUCAUCGCCACUCUUCAACCGAUGGUACCGUGCAUACCAUAUCGAACAAUCUGCAUCCAGAUCGGUCGUUACAGACAGCCUGCCAGCAGGUUUGUGAUGAGCAUCCGGAGGUAUUCAAACGGGAGCUCGGAUGCUUGAAGGACUUUGAAUUAGAGGUCAAGUUCAAGCGGGAUUCGAGGCCCAUAUUCUGCAGGCCGCGGCCAGUCCCGUACGCAAUUCAAGAGGAUCUCACACAAGCAUAUGAUGCCGGCAUCAGGAGGGGUGUGUGGAAGCCCGCACAAUUCAAUGAUAGUGGCACACCCGUCGUUCUGAUCAGGAAGGUGGGGCCACCUGGCGAGCAGAAACCGAAGCUACGAGUCUGUGGGGACUACUCUGUUAUGGUAAACCCGCAAUUAGAUACCCACCGACACCCUAUGCCUCUCCCCGAGGAUCUCAUGAGGAAACUAGGCGGAGGACACGGUUUCACUAAACUCGACCUGGUGGAUGUUUACAACCAGAUAAAGCUCGCUUCUGAAAGCCAGAAAAGGCUAGCCCUCAGUACACACCGAGGCGUACUGCUCCGACUUCGGCCGCCGUUCAGCAUCAGUUUGGCACCAGGUUAUUUCCAAGAUAUCAUGGAACAGCUCACCAGUGAUCUACAGGGAGUGGCAGUCUACCUAGACGACUUUCUCGUCAGCGGUGCCAAUGCUCAAGAGCAUCUCCAAAAUCUACGCGAAUUGCUUCAAUGCUUAGAAGACAAAAGGCUACGAUGUCGCAUGGAGAAGUGCUCAUUCGCUCAACCCGCAGUUAAGUACUUGGGCCACAAGCUUUCCCAAAAGGGGAUUGAGAAGGGGGCUAAGGUCAAUGCGGUUAUCAAGAUGCUGCCACCGGAAAACGUUUUUGGCCUGCGUUCAUUCUUGGGGUCUGUGCAGUUCUAUGGCAAGUUUCUCCCCAACUUAGCCACUCUCACCGAGCCUCUCUAUCGACUGACCAAGAAGGACAUACCAUGGAACUGGGGCAGUAGUGAGCAAGCGACUUUUCAGCAGCUGAAACAGGUGCUUUGCACGAAUUCAAUGCUGGCGCAUUUUGACCCAUCCCUGCCGAUUGGGGUGUCAUGCGAUGCAUCAGAAGUUGGCAUUGGAGCAGUGUUGUUUCACCGCUAUCGUGACGGGAGUGAGCUCCCGAUCGCUAACGUAUCCAAGACACUGACAGAUACACAGCGCCGCUAUAGCCAAGUUCAGAAGGAAGCACUAGCUGUCAUUUUUGCGCUAAAGAAAUUUCACCAGUUUCUAUACGGUCGAAAUUUUGUUUUGGUUACAGACCAUAAGCCGUUGCUAGCGCUGUUUGGGCCAACCAAAGAGACGCCAAUGCUGGCGGCCAAUCGUUUGGCUUGCUGGGCUUUGAUGCUUAGCCAGUACGACUACUCAAUAAAAUAUAGAAAGACGUCGGACCACGGGAACGCCGAUGUACUCAGUCGCCUGCCAGUGGGACCUGACGUCAUCUUUGAUGGGGAGGAAAGUGAGGCAGAUGUUGGCACUGUCUGCACUAUUAAAACGGUGAGCCUACAGCUACAGCCAACGGACCCUGGUGUCGUGGGAAAGCAAUCAGGCAAAGAUCCUGUGAUUGCAACGAUGAUGCAUCAUACCCGUGAGGGAUGGCCACCCGAGGAUUCACGAUCGAAUGUGGAGAGCAAUGAGUGCUAUUCAGUCAGAGACUUCAGGAAGCUGGCGGAUUCACUGUCGACAGCCCAUGGGUGUUUGCUAUAUGGUUCCAGAGUAGUCAUCCCUGAAAGUCUGCAUCAGCAAGUGCUUCAAUUGCAGCAUUUGGGACACUUCGGGAUACAGCGGAUGAAGCAGCUCGCACGCACAGCGGUAUAUUGGCCUAGGAUCGACACUGACAUUGCAGAGCUGUGUCACAACUGCACUGCUGCGCAGAACACCAGAAUAAACCCUUCCAGAGAAACCCUGGAGUAG